AUGGUUUAUUUCUACACGAUAAGUGUAAUCAUUGUCGUUUUCUAUGGAAUUGGCCUCUUUGGAAAUUUCAAUGUAAUUUGGGCUACGUAUAGACAUAAACAUCUUCGCAACAAGCACGGGUUAUUACUGGCAAAUCUGGCAGUAUAUCAUAUCAUAUGUAUUUCUAAUCAGUUUGUCAAUAUGAAAUACAGUUAUUCUCAUCAAUUACCUCGGCAAAACGAAUGUUUCAAAUGGAUUCUACCUUACGUAUUUGCUAUCUGUGCUCAAGCGAUGAUGUACGUGGUCAUUGGCGGAGAUCUUCUUGCCGCAAUUCUUGUCCCACUCAAGCAUCGUAUUAUCCGCCCUCUUCCAUACGUUUUGAUAGUCUCGGUGCCAGUAUGGUUAUAUUCGACUACUGUAACGGUUUGGGGAGCAUUCUCAGUCGAAGAGAGGACCAUAAUGUUUUGCAAUCCUACACUGGCCUUGAGCGGGACAGUGAAUCGGUUUUGGCUUUACUCAAACCUUGCAAUAAUUGCGGUUGUCAUAAUUUUUCACCUUAUGGCUAGGAUGAUUCUCGUAAAUAGAAUUGCCGCUCAUCGUCGGUCGUCUUCCAUGUCGAAAGAAUCAGAGAGAAAUGGGAUCCUUCGACGUAGCGUUUACAAAGACCAGCAGAAGGCGUUGCACUCAAUCUCAAUACAGUUAGUUUUAUUCUUGUGGGCAUGGUGUACGGCCAUAGUUGCCAUUGAAUUUUUGGAUGACAUAUUGUACAAAUACCUCCCCAAUCACGAAAUACGUGAUAUCCUACAAAGUUACAUGGUGUUUUUCGCUCUCCUUUGUUAUAGCCAAUCAUAUUACAUACUUUUUUGGAGGUCUCCGGAGUAUGCAGCUGCAUUCAAGGAACAACUGCGAAUUAUGCGACGGAGUUUCGUGGAUGAAAAAGGAAAGGGAUUGAAGUCGAGAGAGUAUACAGUGACAACGGAAGGCGUCCGGCGUUUUUCGGGUACAGGCUCAGUCAAAGUUUGAUUUUGAACUGGACCGUCAAGUCGAUAAUUAAUGCUUGGAUAUUGUACAUAUGGUCAUAACAGGUCAUAACAGAAGCAACAACUGGAGCUGGAACAUCUGCUUAACCGUGUACAGCUUGAACUUGUAUCGCACGUCCCGAUUCGUGUAGACAUCUACUCCCUGCGUGUUUUUGUUGUUUCGAUAGAUUUUGCAUCAGUCACUUUGCACUCUGCGGGGUCAAACAGAAAUACAGUAGUAAUGGCAAUGGAUGUACUCUAUAUUGAUUUAUACAAAGCGUUUGACAAGGCCUGUCACUCUAGCAUCUCAUAAAUCAAAGCGGUUGGUGUUUAUGGUCCCCUACUGGUUUACUUACUGUCUGCACAAUCGCUGUAUAAUAAUCAAAGUUUGCGAAACAAUUUUUAUGCAUGUUCUUGUGUAAGCAGUGAUUCCCAGGGAGAAACUAUGUUGCCUCUGCAGUUCCUUAUAUAAACGCUUGAUCUGUCAUCUUCCGGACGUUUUAUGAAAUAUAUACGUAAUUAUGCGCAAAUGAUAUAGAAAUAUACGG